GGGAUCAAUACUUCACAACCACUUAUUUCUAAGAUCAUUGAGUGAAAACAACAAAUUGUUCUACAAUUAUGCUUUGAAUGAACCAAAAAGUAUAUUUGUAACGUGGUAAUGACCAAUUUAACAACUUGGGUAAAGUAGUUGAUGUUUUUAUAAGCUAAAAAAAACAACUAUUCAAGUUGCAUACAUAGAGGGAUCAUUCAAACUUUAGGAUACUGUUCUGAAGUUUCGAUUGUGGCUAUUAAUUAUAUUCCAAUUUGCUGAUCUUUGCCACAGUGUUAGUUCUAAACAACCUUCAAAGUAAAGAGUCGAUUGCUCGGAUGGUAAUCCAACUAAUGUAAAUUGCAUAGAAUUUAUCACAAAAUAAUGAUAUUUUUGUGGUUGGCUUGACGCUAUUUCAGAUGUCCAUUCAAAUGUUCGUAGUAGACAACGUUUUAGUAACUACCCAAUUACAAGAAUAACAUGGAUACACAUAGCUUCAUUUUUGUGAAGACGAGACAAGCCGGCAGAAAAGUAUUUCCUACAAACAAACAUGCAGUCCUAGUUUUAUGAAAUUAAAUUCCAUUGCUGGUUGUCCCUAGUAAUUUGUUAAAGAACCAUAUGUUCAUGUAAUGAAUUAUGCAUUACUUAGUUUGAGGAAUUCACAUGUAUGAAUAAUUUCAAUAGAGUGACUUUUGAGGGGAAAAAAUAUGUGCACUUAGCUCAAAACAAAUAAUAUAACAUCGUGUUAAAAAUAUUUUCGAACUAUCUUGGCUCAACUGUAAAAUCAGAUUUUACAGUGCUAUGGUGCAUGAAGCAGAAGCAGGUUUGCGCGUAAGAUAUUAAAGAAAAUACAUCCACUCAUAGGAUCCUUAUAGGGUACAUAUUAAUAUUCACUGAUCUUCUAUGAAAUAAUAUAUAAAUAAAUAAAAAAACAGGCCUAUCACAUUAAGGAUUUAUCUUGAUUUCUUUGCUUUUUAUAUGUUUGGUUUUUGUUAGUUGAGCCUUCUUAUAUAUUGUAUAAAGACUCCUAUUUUAUAUCUUCUUAGUGAUUAGUUGAGAUCAGAUUUAGCUUCUAUUUUCUUGAAAACCCCUGUUAAGAAACUAUUGAGAUGGAAAAAACUAGAAAAAGUGGUCAAUCAACCAUGUCAAAAGUUGUAGAUAAUUCAGUAGUAAAUGACUUAGGUUGUGGUCUAAAUAGGUGCUUUUUUUCCAAGAAGAAAUACUAACACAAAUAAAUCAACAUUACAACCAAUUCCAACCAAGUCCAGUGACACCAAUGUUGUCAAGAAUUCAAGAAGAUGUCACACCAGCUCUUGUUCGAGGAAUUCGAUUUCUAGUAAGAACAGAGUGUCACAAGUUGUGAACUUGGCAUACACACAAAAGCUUAGAAGAGAACCAACAUUCACCUCAAGUGAAUUGAGCAUGACAAUCUUUAGUCAUCGGAAAUCCAAGGUGAAUGGAAUAUUGAAUGAUAGAUCAACAGGCAAUAUUACACUAUUAGGCCACUUGGGAAACUUGAAGCUGCAGGGGAACCAAAAUUCCUCAAGAGACAAAAGGACUAUCCAAAACAAAGGCAAAGUUUUGAUGGGGAACAUAGUAAGGCAACCUAGUACUGUAAAAACUAAUCAACCAGGGAGUACGUUUCAUGGUUCUGCAAAUAAACUGGACCCUGAUGUGCUCAAGUCCAUAGGCAAUGAGCAGUAUAGACGGGGGAAACUUGAGGCGGCAUUGGAUUUGUACAAUCAAGCAAUUGCAAUUGAUCCAAGAAAUGCUUAUUAUUAUAGCAACAAGAGUGCAGCUUUGAUGAGUUUAGGCCGCAUGAUUGAGGCAGUUGUUGCAUGCAUAGAGGCCAUCCGGCUAGACCCUUCUUAUCACAAUGCACAUUAUCGUCUUGCAAGACUAUACUUUAGACUGGGAGAGGCAGAGAAAGCGAUAGAUCAUUACAAACAAUCAGGGCGAAAAGUUGACAAGAAGGACAUUGCAGAGGCUCAUGAUCUUAAGAGACAGCUCUUAAAAUGCACAGAAGCACAGAAGCUGAGAGAUUACAAUACAUUGCUUCAGGAAACACAAAACUCUUUCACCUUAGGAGUAGAUUCAUCUCCACAGAUCUUUUCCAUGAGGGCUGAAGCAUUAAUGAAGUUGCAUAGACAUGAGGAAGCAUACACCACAAUUCAUAAAGGACCUCAUCUCAAAACCAAGAUAUGUACUUGCCUUUUCGGUUCAGCAAAAACAGCUUAUUUGUUGAUCACUCGAGCUGAGGCCUACGCAACAGUUGGCUGGUUUGAGGAGGCUAUAGCUGCAGCUCAAAAAGCAACAAAACUGGAUCAAAGCAAUGAAGUAAUUAACACAAUUUUGAGGAGAAUUGAAGGGUUGGCAUCAUCUCGGUUAAAGGGUAAUGAGUUGUUCAGAGAAAAUAAAUUCUCAGAGGCUUCUUUUGUGUACACUGAAGGACUAGAACAAGAGCCAUACAAUUCUGUUCUACUGUUUAACAGAGCAGCAUGCCGAUUCAAGCUAGGACAAUUCGAAAAAGCUGUGGAAGAUUGCACUGCGGCUCUUGUACUGCGUCCUUCCUAUACAAAGGCUAGAUUGCGAAGAGCUGACUGCAACAUCAAGUUGGGAAGAUUGAAGGCAACUAUUCAAGAUUGUGAAGUGUUGAUUCAAGAAAAUCCAGAGGAUGAGGAAGUGACUAGGGUGUUCUUAGAGGCAAAAAGUUGGCUACAAAAGACUUGUUAG